CGUGCGUCAUGCUGUAGAUCUAACUAUAUUGUUUUUUCUCCUAAAUUGUUUUUCAGUUCAUAGAAAUAAGCUGGUGAUUAGAAAAACCGCUGAGCUAGACGUGUGACAUGAAGAAACUUGUGGUCUCUGCUUUGUUCCUCCUUAGGUCUGCAUGAUUGCAAUCACCAGGUUGAAAUGCAAACAUGUCUUUGUUCCCUUUGUUGAAAUAUUAUCGUAAAACAACACAUUUCUGAAGCUUUCAUGUUCAAAAAUUCAUGUGCAGCUCUGCAGGAGAGUCGAGUUUAUUACUUUAGACUCAUGAUCUGAAACACCGGAUAUUAUUAGAAUAAAAAAAAAAUAUUUCUUCCUGACAAGCUUCCUCUUCAUGUUUAACUUCCUUCGUGGUGACAGUUUAUAAAAGGUUUCUAAAUUCUUUUUCUCACAGAACAUUUGAAGAAGUCUGUGAAACUGCAAAGAUCGAACGAAGAGAGGAUGUCUCUGGUUCUGAGGUGUUCUCUGACCCGCUCAGCCUUCCUCCUCUUCUUCCUCUCUUCAUCUUUCAGACCCACGGAAACCGAAGUGGUGAAGUCCGUUUCGGAUUGUUCCGACUUCCUUCUUGACCAAACUCCUCCUCAAAUUCCUAACAUCCUGAAGAAUGGGAAGAUCCUGGACCAGAACCGAUACAAGCCCAUCUGCCAGACGUACCAGAACACCAGAACCUUUCUGACGCUUUACGACACCACAGAAAGGAUCCCGGUGUUCUCUGCUAUCAAGUUUGUUAUAGAUGAAAACCCUGGAAAAAGACCAAGGAACAAAAAAUGGAUGAUUGAACCUCAGCUUGAAAAUGAAUCUGCUGACAAGAACAUGAGGAAGGACAACAGAAAACAAGGAACCUACAACCACCAGGCCUCAAACAGUGAUUACAAGAACAUUACGAUAUUCAAUCGAGGCCAUGUGUGUCCCAGCACUCACGCCUCCUCGCAAACGGCCAAAACCUCCACCUUCACCCUGACCAACAUUGUCCCCCAAGUGCAAUCCUUCAAUGGCGGAAGCUGGGAGAAGAUGGAGACUUGCACCAAGUGUUUCAUGGACACAUACUGCAAAAACAACAACGGUGCUACUGAAGGCUUUGUGGUGACCGGAGCCAAGCCCGGCAACAACAAGCUCAAAGACCACGUCAACAUCCCCUCCAUGAUGUGGUCGGCGUUCUGUUGCUAUAGUAACAAUGAGAAGGUGUGGUUAGCAGGUGCCCACUGGGGCGAGAACGUUCCUGAAGAAUCCAAAGACAAAUAUCUGCAGACCAAGACUCUGAAGGAGCUCUAUCAGGAAUUUGGGACCCAAGAAGAAGAUUUUAACGUCUUUCCUGGAACAAAGUGUCCUCUGGAGACAACCGUCACCAAGUUUUACCCAAACUUAGACAUGUCCUGCAAAUGCCCACCUCCUACCUUCAAGUAGAAGAACAAGAAGACUAGGUUGGUUAUCUAGAUCAGGGGUGUUAAACCUAGUCAAACAAGAGGACAAAAUCCAAAAUCUUAGGUCACAGACCGAACAUGAUAAACAUUUAUUGAACACUCUAAAACU